AUGGGGACUCGACUGCGUACUCUGAAAACUAAACAAAAAGGUCUUGGUGGUAGAGGUAGGCUUACAGGAAAAGUAAUAGACAAAUUAACUGUGUACUAUGGUUUAUCAAUACGUCGUCAUUGCGAUUCUAUUGAAGAUAUGAAAUCUGCUAUUAUGGCAACUUUUUACCACUACGCAAGUGGAGAGCUUGAUACUUAUACUCAAGAUUAUUCUCCCUUACCUCCUGAUGUUUUAAAAGCUAUUAAACCGAUUUACGACGAUCUCAGUAAUGAUAAUUUACUUUCAAGAUGUGUAGGUGAAUUCAAUCAGAAUAAUAAUGAGAGCUUCAACCAACUAGUGUGGAAAAUAUGCCCAAAAACCGUGAAUACUAGUUCUACUAUCGUACAAAUUGCUGCAUACAUAGCUACUUGUAUAUUUAAUGAAGGUAAAAAUUCAUUAUUAAUGAUUAUGGAUACCCUAGGACUUAAUUGUGGGUCUAAUUCCCAUCGGUAUGCUGAAAAAUUGGAUGCUGCACGUGUGAAAGUGGCAGAUCAGCGCGCCAACGACAACACUCGGGAAGGCAGAAUGCUUCGUAGGCAACAGCAAAUUGAUGUUUUGGAAACUUCCACAAUGGCUGAAGAACUAUUAUAUGAUCCAGGAAUAGAUGAAUCGAUAUGAAUCUCCAAGGACUUAUGAUUGUCACCGCAAGGACCUUUUUUUGGAACUGGGUCAACACAGACAGCUAUAACUUUGGAAAUUAAAUUUUUUUUUUUUUUUAAAUUUUCGAAACUUCAA